AUGGCAAGGUUUCCCUGGCUUGACAGCCUAGGGAUUGAAAAUAUAGGACAAGUCGACAAGUCGGUGGCCAGGUUGAAGGACUUUCAGCUGGGAACUGCCCUGCGGCUGGAGUUUGCCCAGUUCACGGCACCGCCCCACACCAACACCUCCACGCCCCAGCCCACGCUGCUACCUCUGCCUUUAACCUCCAUCUUCAUUCUCAGCACUUUCGCCUGGCUGACCCCCAGAAGUUUUCAUAACCAGCUCAGGUAUCUACUCCUCCAGCAAGUCUCCACCAACAGAAAGAGCAGGCAGUGGUUCUCGAGUUCUGUCACAGAGAGCUUGGCCAAACUGAUCCACGGCUUGAAAGUGGGACACCUGACAGAUCGUGUUAUCCAGAGGAGCAAGAGGAUGAUUCUGGAUACUCUGGGUGUUGGGUUCCUGGGAACCAGUACAGAAGUGUUUCACAAAGCCAGGGAAUACAGUAAAAUCUAUAGUUCCAAUGUAUCCAGCACUGUUUGGGGCCAGCCAGACUUCAGGCUCCCACCAACAUAUGCUGCUUUCGUUAACGGUGUGGCUAUUCACUCAAUGGAUUUUGAUGACACGUGGUACCCUGCCACCCACCCUUCUGGAGCUGUCCUUCCUGUCCUCAUGGCUUUAUCGGAAGCUCUGCCUCCAAGUCCAAAGUGUUCUGGCCUUGACCUGCUGCUGGCUUUCAACGUUGGUAUUGAAGUGCAAGGCCGAUUAAUGCAUUUCUCCAAGGAAGCCAAGGACAUACCAAAGAGAUUCCAUCCCCCCUCAGUGGUGGGAACUUUGGGUAGUGCUGCUGCGGCAUCUAAGUUUUUGGGGCUCAGCAUGACAGAGUGCCAAGAGGCCCUGGCUAUUGCUGUUUCUCAUGCUGGGGCACCCAUGGCGAAUGCCGCCACUCAGACCAAGCCUCUUCACAUCGGCAAUGCUGCCAGGCAUGGGCUAGAAGCUGCUUUUCUGGCAAUGCUGGGUCUCCAGGGAAACAAACAGGUCUUGGAUAUGGAGUCAGGGUUUGGGGCCUUCUAUGCCAACUAUGCCCCCAAAAUCCUUCCAGACGUAGAUUCACACACUUGGCUGCUGGACCAGCAGGAUGUGGCCUUCAAGCUUUUCCCUGCCCAUUUGGCCACGCACUGGGUGGCAGACGCAGCUGCAUCUGUGAGAAAACAGCUUGUAAGAGACAGAGCCCUGCUUCCCACUGACCACACGGAGAGAAUUGUGCUUAGAAUUCCAGAUGUCCAGUAUGUGAACAGGCCCUUCCCAAACUCAGAGCAUGAGGCCCGCCACUCCUUCCAGUAUGUGGCCUGCGCCAUGCUGCUGGAUGGUGCCAUCACUGUCCCAUCAUUCCACAAACACCAGGUCAACAGGCCAUGGGUAAGACAGUUGCUUGGUAAGGUAGAGCUGGAGCACCCUCGGGACAACCUACCAAAUUUCAACACACUCUACUGCGAGAUAAGUGUUGCCCUCAAGGAUGGAGCCAUCUUCACAGAGCGCUCUGAUACCUUCUACGGUCACUGGAGGAAGCCUCUGAGCCAGAAAGACCUACAGGAAAAGUUCAGAGCCAAUGCCUGCAGGAUGCUGUCCUGCCACUCUGUAGAAAGGCUUAUAGAGAUAGUAGAAAACCUAGAAGACCUGGAAGACUGCUCUGUGUUAACCACACUUCUGAAAGAACCCUCUCCACCAGAGAUUGUUACAAAAUCUCUCUAG